AUGAAGUUAUCAAUACUGUAUAUUAUCGGAAUUAUACUAUCGAAAUCAGCAGUUAAUGCUGUCAAAAAUACGAGUAGUGCUUCAAUUUCAAAUGCCCUAAGCACAAAUAAUAGUAACACACAGGAUUCUGAUGCUACUCCUAUACCAAGUGAAACAUCGACCAUACUCGCUGUCUCCAACCAAGAGGACCAACUGUUGGAUGAUUUUCUGUUUCAAGGGCUUGUGGACGGUUACACAUUUACUUUAGACUGUGUUACCAUGUCCAAGCAUGAGGAAAAUCAUGAUUUACCUAACGGGAAAAAGGCAUCUGAGAAACAAUUAGAAAAGGAGCACCAGCAGAAUGAAAAGGAGGCCAAACUGGACGCUGAAUACAUGGUUAAACACCGCCCUCUUGAGUCAACCAAAGUUGAAAAGAGUGAAGCCAAUUUGUUUCACGAUUUUAAUAUUUUAUUGCACUACUUAAACUCGAGAGGCCAGGAGUGGCAGUUGGUUGAGCCUAAGGAUCUGCACUUUGAAGAAAGCAAUGAAAACCACAUGCUGUUUAAGAGCGAGAAAAAUGAUUCGGCAGAUAUAAAGAUUCCAGGGAACAUGUUUUAUUCGGUAGGAAACAUGAAAAAGACAAUUCCCGUCCACAAGGACAAUAAGAAGCCUAUUCUGCUAACGUGCUUGGAAUCAUUCAUUGUAUCACGCCUUGGAUUCUCAUCAAUGAAUAAAUUAAUCACCAGCAACGCUGGAGUUGAAGACAAACUGGCGUACUUAAAAAGGUGGAUAGAUAUCGCAAAAAAGCAUUAUAUCUUAUACCUUCCGUAUAUAGCAAUAACGGCACCGAGGUGCUAUACUCUUUUAAAAGCUUCAAAUGAUGAUGAUCUUAGUAGUGAUUAUUCAAACAAUAGUCAUUACAAGCAUUUGUUUGCAGUUUCUAAAAAGAUGCUUGAGCUCCGCUCCGACGAUGGACUUCUACAAACUUACAUCAUGUUAGACUCAGAUUUACAUCCUGAGAUCAUGAGAAUAACACUUAAUGAGAAGCAUCUUUUCCCUCUUCUACUUCAAGAAAAAGAAAACACCCUCCGAACAAUCCAUCAACAUCACAACCACGAAAUGGAUUGGGACCAAUUUCAUUCUACCUGCAACAAAAUACUGGCCGAGUUGGAACAGCAAAUUCUGACCAAGUAUGAUAAAUUCCUAAGGCCAGAGAACUGGGGAAUAGGUUUAAACGCCGAGGAAUCCAAAAAUGCUGAGAUGGAGCUCAUCAAACUGUUUGUCAAGUCACAGAAGGAACUAAACUUCAAAGUGAUCCAAACAGUUCGCAAGGUGACUCACCAGUUCGUCGACAAGAAGAAAAAUGACGACAACGAGCUGAAGAAAUCAAUGAUUAAGUUUUCUAAGAAGGAGCAAGAGGCUGCUAAAAGGGACAAGUCGACCGAUAAAGCACUCGAGCAGUGCAUGAAUGAAGCUGAGCGUCAACUGGACGAAGAUUUAAAAAACUACCAAAGUAGCAACCAAUCAAAUAUCGCUAGUAAAUUAAAAAAUUUUGAACACGAUUCUUGGAUGGAGUGUGUGUCAUCCAGAAUUUUUGAUAAAUUUGUAAGUGUGUGUAAAAACGAAGAUUAUUGUAAAGACCUAAUGGAUAAGCUGGACGCCCUGUUGAAGGAGGUCGAUGCUGAUAGCACCGCUGCUAUUGCCAUGGAAAACUUUCACUAUGCAGUUACAGUUGCUCUGUUAGAAGACAAUAAAAUAACCGUGAAAGAUGUAAAAAAUCACGUUCUCCAAAUAAGUAAACAGGAGAUAAGGGAUAUGUCCGAGCCUACUAAGGGUAGCACUGCCAGUAAUAGUAGUUCUGCCACUAACGAAGAGGCGGAAACGAGUUCUGGUGGCGGCAGCAGUUCAAGCAGCAAUGAAGAGUCAGUUACAAGUACCAGCGGUACCAAUGAAACAUCAGGUGGUAGUGACAAUGAAAGUGAAGGAAGCACACAGAGCGGUGGUGCUUCAGGACAAGAUAAUGGAGGCAAAACCGAACAUACCAGUUCGCAAUCCUAA